GACAGAUGAGAAGAGUGGUUAACAAAGUGGACUUGCAUCAUAUUUUGCAACAGUGGAAGGAAGCACAAAGCUCUAUAUGGUUGUCUGCAGACACUCAUAACACCAGUCCUAAAGAUUACUAAAUCCCAGACUCAAGCUUCAGAGCAGAUAUGUCUUUCAUCACUAUUGUGGCGCUCAUGGUUUUCUUGACUAUUCCUGAAGUUUUCAGUAGUAAUCAAGAAGUGAUUCGAUGUCGAUGCAUCACCACGGAGAAAAGGCGCAUUGGCCGUUUCAUAGGACAGGUUGAGGUGAACCCUGCCACCUCCCACUGCAACGAUAUUGAGAUAAUUGCCACUCUUAAAUCGAAUGGGGAAAAGAUUUGUCUGGACCCCAAUGCUCCUUGGGUCAAAAGGGUGCUUGAGAAGAAAUUGGUUGUGCAGGCACCUUGAAGAAUAAACCUUCACAGAUUUGGCUCAGAUGGAAAGAAGGACCUUUUAGAGAAUCAUAUAUUCAUCACCACUGAUUCAAAGUUCAAAGUGGAAGCGUGGACUGCACUGAUGGAGCAAAAACAGCUCAAUUUGCGUGAUGAGAAAGAUUUGUGUGGCAGCUGGCGAAACUAGAAAAGGUUGAGCUUAAAUUGUAUACUGUAUAAUUGUAUAAUUGUAUACCCAGCUUUUACAUUUUCUUACCUUUUUGUGAACUAUAUGUACACCUAAUAUGUCUGCUUACAUAAGAAGAGUUUUUUUUGUAUGAAGUUAAAAUACUUACAUCUAAAAUGUGCAGCAGGAUAUAUAAUGGAAAUCUGUGAUGAAAUGCACAAUAAAAAUAAUCAAAGUCAUGUGUACACCUUUCUUAAAAAACAUACAUACACUUUUAUCUAAAAUAUUGAGCUUGUGAAUAAAAUGUGACAUUAUAAACCAGAAA